AUGGAGUUCUUUGUUGAGAAGCUGAGUGAGCCCAGUAAGCACCCUCGCUCAAGGAACGAUGGUGGUGGAGCUCUGUCGCAGGCAAGCCUGGCCGGCAGUCCACUGCACCACGAGGAGCGCGACAAGACCCAGAUCGAAGAGAACUUGGAUCUUCCGUUGGAAAGCUUGGGCCUGGACGGAGAGCCGGCCGAGCCGCCUGCGGCCGGCUCCACAGAGCCCGCGGAGCUCGCGGAGGCUGCCGAACCUGCGGAGCCGGCAGAGUCCGCGGAGCCCGGUGAUGCAGCCACCGCUGAAGCCGAAACAAACGAACAGGGACGUGCAUCGCAGAGCCCCGAUGACCGUGUCACCGGCAGCGUUGCUUCCGCAGAAGGUCGGCGGAUGUCGUUUGCAUCAGGCGGACGUCGGCGGUCUUCACUCACCGGCCCGCUCCGGGUCGAAGAAGCAAUGGCGGCCAACGUUGUCACGGAGGAACGCCUAGCAGAUCGCCUGGAAGAGCGCAUUCAGCAGGUCCUGGCGCAGGACGUUGAAGCCCGUUUGGAGGAUGUGGCCCAGUUCGUGCAAGAAGAGCUUUACAGGUUCGUUCUUGGACCGGAGAUGAUGGAAAGGGUCAGGCACGAGUGCUCCUCCGUCAUCUCGAUGGAGCUUGCCAUAGCAUUGGCUGCCCAAGACAAGAAGGUGGAGGAGUUGAUCAGGUCAAGCCUCCUUGGCCCCCUCAGCCGUCUAGAGUCCUUGCCUGGCCCGGAGGUGACAGACGACCUCGGUAGGCGGCUCAAGCUUACAGAGGACCUUGUCGGUGAGCUGAAGGGACUUCGCCUGCAAGUUCCAGAUAUGCGCAACGAGCUCACUAACCUCCAGUCCUCCCUGAUGGCAACCGUACAUACUGUCGAGGAUUUGGAGGUGAGGCAGCAAGAGUUGGCUGCUGCAGGAGCCCAUCGCCUGUCCCCAGUUUCUCCGCACCGCUCAUCUCCCUCGCGGACCGAAGCCGUCGAGUUGGAAGAGGAAGGUCUGGGUGUCGACAACCUGGGAGAGACCGCGCCUGAUGAGACGAAUGCUCCAUCGCCUGUGCCGCAGUCGCGGCAGCCGUCACGACAACCAUCCCGACAGCCAUCGGUCGUAGCAGUAUCGCCGGAUGACAUGAAGCCGAAGAGAAGGUUGAGUGACAUGCUUGGUCUCUACAUGGCACCGGCUGCAAGACCUCAGGCUGUAGAUGACUCGCAAGUGCAGGAACUGGUAGCACGUACAGAAAGUAUGCGAACAAGACUGGAACAGAUGGAGCAGAUUGUUGGCACUGAGCAGGCUGCAGUGACCAGUCGAAGACACAGCCUUCAGAACAAGCUGAACGACGUGGACACUCUUGCGGCCAUCCUUGAAGAUCGCAUGCGCGAGUUAGAUACGGAGUUUCGAACGAGCAAGCAGCACGUCCAAUCGCAGCUGGAUGUUCUCAUGACAGCUCACGAAGCUCAGCAUGCUGAGGACCUCAAGCACAACAAAACCUGGAACUUGGCCAACCAGGUGCCCUUGCCCACAGAGAGUCAGCGACUGGCAUGGGGCAAGCCCGGACAAACCGUCGAAAUCGACAUCAAGCCCAUCACUGAUGAGGUUUUUGACGAGAACGACAACCUCUUCGUGUUCUAUCUGGACAAGGCCGAAGAUCUUGCAGAGCGCCGCGGAGAUAUCCAGCGGGUCGUUCGAGCACUAGUUGAUGAAGCCGCGUUGAAGAAGCUCAAGUACUACCAGAAUGUUCGGAAAGAAGGCGAUCCGCCCCUUCCGAAAGCGGGCGAAGAGGAAACCAAGGAAGCCGGUGCGGCACCACUCCGAAUUGUCAUGUACAAGGGACAGCGUAAGUCGAUAUUGCACGUUGGUGAUGAGAUCCCAAAGCAGGAGGUCUUGGACUUUUUCAAGCCAGUCUCCCAGGAUCUCGGCAAGGUCAAGGCGCCGAAAUCGGUGCCUCUCGUCUCAAACGAGUCCUUCCGGAAGGAUGUUCUGGAAGAUAGCCAACCAGGAAACCCAAUGGUGUUGUUGCAGAUGUACGAGGACACAUGCUUCCUUUGUUUUUUGAUGAGACCUUUCAUUAACUCUGUGGGUGAGCUUCUGUUGGAGAACAAGGCACCUUUCCGCUUGAAGAGGUUAAACAUUGAGAAGAACGAUUUUCCAGAUGGCUGUCCAGUUGCAAGAGGCACUCCGACAUUUGCCUUGUUUCGGGGCAAAGACAUUGCCGGCGAGAAGUGGGAGGAGUUCAAGCCCAAGGACCUUUGUGAAAAGAUCGCGAAGGUUUUUCCACUCUCCGAUUCAGCCUUCCAGAAAAUGGAUGAUCUGCAAGCAAUGGUUCCGAGGCGAUUCCAGCUCUUUACACAACUGGUCAUGUGGUCGGUUGAGCUGCAGAAGCUGGAGUCAUGCAUAGCCAGCGCAGUUGGAGAAGCGCAAAGCGACGCGUCUUCGGAGGACACUGAGUUCAACUCCGUCCUGUCCAGACUGAUGGCGAGGGACAUGAGGCGCAUCGAUGGACUGCCGGACAGCGUGAACUUCCUGCAGCAUCAAGUGGACGAGGUGGAGCACGAUGCUCUGGUGAUGAGCAUCAUGCUGGGUGAAAGGGUGAUGGCGCGGGAGAAGGAGGAGGAGGAGGCAGCGUCUGUCGACGUUAUCUUGAGUGUCGUCAACAAUGAAAUGAGGUCCGUGCGGAGCGAGUUCGACAAGAAGUUGAACACAGCACUGCUCUCCAAUAUCGAUGUGCGCGAUCAGGAGAAAGCCCUCGCUUUGAGCGGCGAUGGGCUAGCUGCAAAGGACACACAGGAGAUCGAGGACAAGCUGAAAAGGUUGCAGGACAGCCAACAGCAGAGCAUGUUGAAGAUCGCGGGGCUCCGGUCAGCUCACAAGCACGCCGAGGGUCAGGCCAACUUUGCGGUUGAGAGGUUGAAGCGUCUUCAGACGGAGGUCAGCAACAUCGUAGACCAGGUGGUCUAUCAGCAGUCUCGACUGGACUACCUUCUGGUGCAUGGAGCUGCUAUGAACCAGGACAGAGCAGAUUCGGGUUCCUUCCAAGCCAUCGUAUCUGCCGGGGCGGACAAAGACAAGAAGCCCAAGUUGAAGGCUGGAGCCACCUUGCCAUCGAGGCAAAUGGAGCGCACAGGGCAGCAGGACACAAGUGGAGGUGGAGAUCCCGGGCACAUGCCCGACUCAUCGGACGAAGUGAACUCCUCACGAAUUGCUCGCUUGGGCAAGAAACUCCUGGAACUCGACGGUCAGGUCAAUCGAGGAAUGGCGGAGGUCAAGGCAGACAUCGAGUCUGUCAACCAGACGUUGCUUUCGUUUCUGGAACUCCUUCCGCGGAGACUGCGGAGGAUGCUGCAAAAACAGCUGUUUCCAGAUCCGGAGGAGGAGGUGGAGAUUGUAAAGACUGAACGGCCGCACGAGAGCAAGAAGCACGUCAACUUUUCAGAUCAUGUGGAGACGCGCACUUUCCACGUCGAAGAUGAUAGUCGGCUGCCCUGGCAGUUAGUCGGUGAGGCAGACAUCAAGUGGAAUUGGUGUUACAAACCCAGAGACGAGAUGGGAAGAGACCUCGCCAUGUGCCUGCAGCAAUUCGACAACGAUCGCGAAGACUUUGAAACUAAAGUGGUGCAGUGGCUGCAAGGCGGAGGAAUCGGAGUUGGCAGCCUUCCAGUUCGGAGCUCGAUGGCGGUGUCAAGCUUUCGGGACUCUCUUUCCCUGGAGGGCCUCAUGAGCAUGAGCAUGGGGAUGGGAGGUCUAGAGGAAGGAGUCGCAGCACCUCAGCUGAUGCACUUUGAAGAGCGCCUCGAGAGGCUUGGCACCGAGCUCUUCAACAUGAAGAGGGCGCAGGACGUGGACCACGUGCGGAAGGUGGACAAGGAAGAUCUUCAGCUGGUCGUCUCGCGACUGGGGGCCAUUGAGAAGCUGAAUAUUCCAGAUCUGAAGAUCCGCAUCGAGGCUCUCGAGGGCGACACCAAGUUCAGUGCGCAGAAUGUAACGGAGCUCCGGGAGAAGGUCUUCAAGGUCGAAUCCGUAGCCGCUCCGCGCUCGGAGCUGACAAAGGUGCAGAAUGGGUUUGAGCAGCUCAUGUCCGACCACCAAGCCAUGAAGGUCGAGCUCAAGGAAGCUUCGGCAUCGAUGUACAAUUCCAACCGCAAGUUCAUCCACGAACUUCAGGAGGUGAAAACCACCACGCAGAACUCGAUCACGGUCCUCCAUAAACAGAAGGUCGAGAUUCCCGAUCUGGCCGCAGUCACGGACAAGGUUGUCAAGCUCGAGCAGUCAAUCAAAGACAACCGACGCAUUCUCGGAGACGGCGGUGGCCAGGAGAUCAAUGCGGUUGUCAGACGCAUCAUUCUGAAUCUUGAGGACAAGAUCAUGGUCCUGGAAAAGAAGAUUGAUGCCUUGGCCGAUGGACGUCCUCAGAAGGACGUGAUGCCUCGGAAUGAAUCGCCAGCCCACAAGCAUACCGGCAGCUUUCAGUCUUCUGAGAUGCAGGAGGCGGCUCUGCAAUCUGUGAGUGAGGAACUCACAGCGAUGACAGACGUUGUGGCCAAGCUGAAGCAAGACAUCUCCGUCAGCAAGGUGCACAUCGAUGAGAUGGCAGAGCAGGGGCAACAGAAUCUCGAGCUGGCCAGCCGGCUGCAUGUCUACGUCCAGAGCAGCUCCAUAGAGGGUAUGGAUGAUGAGGGCACCGCCUUGUCGUUGAAUCGAGUACAGGUGAUGAUUGCAGCGGCUGCACGGCAGCUUGUUGCUGGCAACAAGUGGAUCACCAAAGAGGUCUUCGAUGGCAGACUGGAUCAGAUACGCAGUGAGUAUCUGAAAGAGCUGCGACAGAUCCAGGCAAGGCUCGAGGACCAAUCCAGCUCGAAGGCCCUCCAGGGCGUCACCCCGGUGGUGACUGUUUCUUCAAAGCUGCCCAAGAUGAUGUUGCAGCACAUACCCAACGAGGCACCAGACCGACUUGGGACGGCUCCCGCGGGCGGGACACGGCCAAUUCCAGGAAUAGCGCUGCCGCUGAGCGCUCGGAGUGGCGGCUUGCGCCCCUCCACUGUGGACAGCAGGCCACGGAAAGGACGAGAUCGAUGA